GGGAGGAGGAGAGAGUGCCUUCCUUGGCGCUGUGAGUGGAUGGUGGGCGGCGGUGAUUGCAUGUGCUAGUUUCGCGGUGACGAAGAGCUGGCGUUUUAUCGUCAGGAAUUAAAAGCGAUAAGAUAAUUGCUGAGAUAUAAAGAGAGCGCAUUAUCAUUACAAAUAUAUAUAUAUCUUUUUUUUUAUUUUAUCACUUGGAUUCCCGCUUAAGUCGUGGAAGAAGCAGGCUAGUGCUGAACCCUCAGCAUCACCACACACACGCCCUCGGGUACUUUGCUGCAGCUGGGAGGGUCAGCAGGUCAAGGCUGCUCAGCGGGAACGUUGCUGAGCUGUUGGCUUUUGUCCGAUUGUCCACGAGAAGAAACGCGCCUCAAAACAACUUUUUUUUUUUAAAUCAAGAUCGCUGCCGUGCUUGCCUCUAGGAGUGUGAAGACGACAGGAUCCGAAUAUAUCCUUCUUGUUUCAGGCACGGAGAGAGGCGGGGAAAGUCAGCAAGCGGCGAGGUUCUGCAAACUAAGCUCUCGGAGGAACACAAACAGAGUGUCUGUUCUUGCCUCGUCGCUGCAGCCAUGAGAUAUUUAUUCAUGUGAAAGUCUGGCUUUGCGUUCACACAGUCAUCAUCUUGGCCAGGCAACAUUGCAACAGCCGCGAGGGGAAAGUGGGAGGAAAAUGCAAUUGAUCUCGUCCUGAGGAGCGCGCGACUUUCGAACGCGGUGAGAUGGGGCGCCGAUGUGGAAAUAUGUGUUGGAUGUGAAGAGGAGAAGAUAUUGCUGCGUGAAGGAUAAAGAAAUAGAUAGAUGUAUAGAUUAAUACAUUUUUCAUAAUUUCGUUGAAUAAAUGUGAAAGUUCUAAACAAGGAUAAAAUAUAGAAAACGAAGGAAUAGAGUGACGAAACAGAUAAGCUUGGUUAAAUGGAGGAAAAAGUAAAAAUAAAUAAAUAAAUAAAUGAAAAUUUAAUAUAUAUAGAAAGAAAGGAAUUCAUAAAAAAAAUGGAUAAACGGUUACAUGAAUGAAUAUAAAGAUUUAGUUAUAUAGAUAAGAAAAUGAAAAUGUGAUAACUUGUGGACAAAUAUAGAUCUUGUGGAGAAAAAAAGUAUAUAAUCUGUUUUGUUGCAACUUGUGAGGUUACUGAUCCCAAAAUGUGAAUAAAACAUCUAGAAGAAAACAAAAACAAAGCAAGAAAAAAAAAAACGAAAAAAAACGGCAAGAUAUGUAAUGACGUCAAAUACUGGAUUUACAUUUUUUUUUGCAAUACAAACAGGAAACACUCGACCAAUUGUGUUCUGCGGAUUUUCCGAGCAUAACUGAAACCCCAACUUCAUAACGAGUGUCAAAAUUACCACCAGCAAAAUAACCAAAGCGCCAACCACCAUUUACCCCACGAACGAAGCCCACGAAACCACACUAACCAGCCAACAUCCGCCCACAGCCAUGUCAACCCUCGAGAGUGUGGGUCGCAUGGGCGGGGUAGGCGUGAGCGUUGGGGUGGGCGGCAGCGUGGGCGUGAGAAUGAGAAAGACGUCAGUUCCUGUGGUGUCUGGGAGGUCGCUGGAACUGCCGGGAUCACACACGCCCACGCCCACGCUGUCCCGGAGUGGAUCGCCUGCCAGACGACGGUUCAGCAACGUGAGCGACGUCGUGACGCGCAAGAUCUCGACGACGAUCGGGUGGCGCAGCGUCCGUGCAGAGGCCGUGGUGACGCAAGCCAAGUGCCUCGCCACGCAGUACAUCCGCUCGAGACUGAAGCGCGCGGGCCUCCUGCACAAGAAACUAGGGUUGCAACGGCUUCGCUCCGUGGCCAACCUCGCCGGCGGAUGGGAGGUGUGCGAGGUAUUCCCGCGCGUGUCAGGGAUCGGCCAAGAGCUGGAACGAACCCACCCAAAGCUCUACAAUUCGGUGGCACGACAGCUGUCAAUUAGCCUCACAUCAGACAAGUCGAAGGUCUCUGGUCAUCCCGAGUACGUGGCGGGUGUUAUUGACGUGAUGGGUAUCGUCACCGAGCGCCACACUGCCCCUUGGAUAGCCUCACAGGGGGGAUGGAGCUCCAUCCUGACGUGGUCUCAAGCACCGGAGAGCGAGCCUUCCGUCCUGCAGGUCCUGGUCCUAGUCGUGGCAGGAUUCAUCAUCGCGGCCUUCCUCCUUAUCCUGGCGCUGAAAGGUUUAGGUCAGUUGGUGACCUUGUGACCUUUCUGGUCCGUCGCGUAGGUCUUACGGUCUGCCAACCCAGCAAACAGAACAUUUGUAUCCGUGGAUGUAUCGUUAAGCUGAGUAGCAGAGUGACUGAUAGUGCGAAAAUGCUUUUUCUUUUUAAUUAAGAGACUUGAGAAAAAUGAUGAAGUUUCUAAAUACGUGUGAUUUCCAUAAGCUCUUUUCUUUCAUCCUGAGAGACAAGGAAGAUGGAACGAGAAGGCAAGUCGCUGUUUUUUUGGCUCUGUGAUGCUUACUUUAGUGGUGAUGAUAAACGAGGAAGGAAACCUCCCCCCACAAAAAAAUCUAUUACUAAAAUGUGAUCGUCUGCUUAUAUUUCCUCACAGCUGGAGACAAAAAAGGUAAAUGAACGGAUCGAAUUAAUAAAAUACUUUUUGUAAA